AUGAAGGGCUUCAUCACCACAGCCGUGGUAUUCGCUGUCGCCGCCUCAGCGCUACCCACCGCCAGUCCGGCUGAGGCCCUAUGGCAACUUGAGAACCGCGCGACCACUUGCACCAAUGCUGCCACCGAUAAUCUCAUCUUCACAGUCUCCAUUGAUAGCUUCGAGAAGUCUCGCAACGCCAAAGACCCUUCAGCUUGUGACUGGUCCUCUGACAAUUGCUCCUGGUCACCGGACAAGCCAGACGGCUUCAACUUCAUCCCCAGCUGCCACCGUCAUGACUUUGGCUACCGCAACACAAAGGCCCAGAAGCGCUUCACCACAGACAUGAAGACGAGAAUUGACGACAACUUCAAGAAGGAUCUCUACAAAUACUGCUCGCAGUUCUCUGGCAUUUGGUCCUAUAAGGGUGUGGAGUGCCGUCGCAUUGCGGACAUUUAUGUUGCCUUUGUGCGUAAGCUGGGCAAGCGGGUAGGAGAGGAGCGUGAAUUCACGGCGCGUGAGACCAGCAUUCUCGAUAUUCAACUGGAUGAUUAA